UGACCGGCAACAUGGCGGCGCCGAGUAAACUGCAGCGGCGGCUUCACGCGCUGUCGGCGUCGGUGCUCCACAACUGCCACAACUGCAACUCGGUGCUGGACAUCCUGUGGCCUCUGAGGGCCGAGAAGGAAGAAGCCGUUCUUGCCGCUGCAGGAACAUGUCACGGGCUGUUCUGCACCCUAUUGGAACGAGGGGCACUUUUUGUCGGUCAGUUGCCCGACGAGGAAACAGCUCUGACAGAGAAUAUCCAAACUUCUAUAAAAAGCUCUACAGCUUGCUGAACCCAUGUGUGUUCCACGUGAAGUACAGAGCAAGAUUCUUCCAUCUAGCGGGUCUGUUUUUAUCUUCCAGCCAUUUACCAGUGUACUUGGUAGCAGCUUUUGCCAAGAGACUGUCUCGCCUGGCUCUGACUGCACCCCCUCACACUCUAUUGAUGAUCAUUUCAUUUAUCUGUAACCUUAUUCGCCAGCAUCCUGCCUGCAGGGUUCUCAUUAAUCGACCCGAUGGACCUACAGAACUUUGUGAUGAUCCUUUCAUAAUGGAGGAGGAGCCUUCCCAAUGCCGAGCCCUGGAAAGUUCCCUUUGGGAAUUGCAGACACUGCAAAAACAUUACCAUCCUGACGUUGCCAAUGCUGCCAAUGCAAUAACUAAACCUUUGUCACACCAGGAACAGGACCUUUCAUCACUACUGGAGCUCACUGCUUCUGAGUUAUUUCAUAAAGAGACAAAAAAGAAAACAAAACGGGGUCCCUUGGAGUACAAGCCGGCCGAAGGGAUACUGAGACAGAGAGAUGAUGUGGUUGCCCAGUACUGGGCUUUAGAAUAAUAAACGACUGUUGUAAGUUUCUUUAAAAGUAGGAAUCCAAUGUAUUGUGUACAUUUUCUACAGUGCCUUUAAUAAAAUGUUUUACACAAA